AUGGAAGGCGAGGGGGCAGAAGUAGUUCCACAAUGGAGAGUCCAUACAGACGGAUCUUCAAAUAGGCAAGCUGGAGGAGCAGGUGUGGUACUCCACACCCUGAAAGGAGAUAAGAUCGAGUGCAUAAUUCGCCUGGACUUUCCUAUGACCAACCAUGAAGCAGAAUAUGAAGCUUUAGUGGCAGGAUUGGACCUCAUAAGAGCGGCAGGAGCUGAAAACAUGGUCGUAUACAGCGACUCCCAAGUCGUCACCAGUCAGGUUAAUGGUGACUAUGAAUGCAAGAACGGAAGAAUGAAGAAGUACCUAGAGAAGGUGAAGGGUCAAAUCAACGGUCUACAAAUCAAAUUCGUCCAAAUCCCAAGGGAGGAGAAUGAAUGCGUCGAUCGCCUAGCAAAGUCGGCCUCAGCAGAAUACAUGCCCGUCCCCGAUCAGGUAUUAUCAUUCGUUCAAACUUCUUCGCUCAUAGAUGAAGUAAUGAGUGUGCAGGAGAUAGAUAACGAGAACAACUGGACCACGCCUUUAGUCUCCUACCUAAGGGACGUCGUGCUACCAGACGGGAAGGACGCUGCUAGAAAAUUGAAGGUUCGAGCAUCACGUUUUGUUCUGAUAAAAGAAGUCCUAUACAAAAGAGGUUUCUCCCGCCCGUACCUAAGGUGUUUGGGACCUGAGGAGGCAGACUACAUCAUGAGAGAGGUUCAUGAGGGGAUCUGUGGGAAUUACUCGGGGGUACAAUCGCUGGUGAACAAACUGAUUCGCACGGGAUACUACUGGCCUACUAUGCAGAAUGAUGCGCAAACUUAUGUCAAAGCCUGCGGCAAGUGCCAGAGAUUCGGUAACAAUGUCAGACAACCUUCGGAAGAACUCACGCCUAUGAUGGCUCCAUGGCCGUUCGCUCAAUGGGGAUUAGACAUCAUGGGCCCCUUCCCAACUGAGAUCAGGUAUGGGAUACCCAGGGUUCUUGUCUCUGACAAAGAAAAGCAGCUCGAUAACAACGCGUUCCGGGAUUUUUGCUUAGAGCUAGGGAUCAAGAACCACUACUCGUCAACUGCUCAUCCAUAA